CCCCUCACCAGGGGCCCCCUGCUUGGUCCCAGCCGGCGUUCGCUUCGCAGCCGCCCCGCCAGCCGCACUUCCCGCCCUUGCCUAGAUCCACGCCUCAGUUGCCUCACUAGGACGGCGCUCCGCUCCCGUGGGUCCGCGCUCCUCGCCUCCUUUCCCGCCCUCGCGUUGUGGACUCUGUAGGCUCCACGCCCUGCGGUCGCACCCGCCUCUUGGCCCCUGAGAGCACGCGCUCCCCGCUGACGCGGAGGCGCCGCUGUCCCCGCCGCCGCCACGGCCAACACGGGUCCCUCGCGCCGCGGCCGCCGCGGCCGCCGCCGCCGCCGCCGCCGCCGCCGCCGCCGCGCAGCCGAUGCCACUGCCACCGCCGCCGAUGCCACUGCCGCCGCCGAUGCCACUGCCGCCGCCGCCGCCGCGGCCGCUAGUCCGCCGCCCACCAUGGUCCCGCAGCAAACAGGUAGCAGGAAGCGGAAAGCGCCCGCCGAGAGCUCGUCCUCUCAGGGCUCCGCGGCGGACGCAGAAGGGCCGCUGCUGCCUAAGAAGCAGAAGCGGCCGGCGACGCGGCGCUCGCUGGUGCACUACCUCAAGGACCGCGAGGUGGGCGCUCUGGGCGGCGCCUGGCUGUCGGGCUCGAAGGGCGAAUUGCCCGGCUACGCGGUGCAGAAGCUGCCCGAACUCUUGAGGGAGCGCGAGCUGGCCCUGGGCACCCUCAACAAGGUGUUCGCGUCGCAGUGGCUGAACGCCAGGCAGGUCGUGUGCGGCACCAAAUGUAACACCCUCUUCGUGGUGGACGUGCACUCGGGGCAAAUCACACGCAUCCCCCUGAUGCGGGACCGGGGGCCCUGGCUGGCCCGGGCCCAGCCGAGCUGCGGCAUCCACGCCAUCGAGCUGAGUCCCUCCAAGACGCUUCUGGCCACCGGGGGAGAGAACCCCAACAGCCUGGCCGUCUACCAGCUGCCCACCCUGGACCCCGUGUGCCUGGGCGACCGCCACGGCCAUAAGGACUGGAUCUUCACCAUCGCCUGGAUGAGCGAUACAGUGGUUGUGAGCGGCUCCCGCGACGGCACUGUGGCUCUGUGGCAGAUGGACCCCGACAUGUUCAAUGGCAGCAUCUCCUGGCAGAAUGACGCAGGGCUUCCUGUGUACACCCACAUCCGUCCGAGGGACAUGGAGACCAUCCCCAGGUCCAGCACCAGCCCCACUAACCACAAGGUGCGGGCCUUGGCCUUCAGCGGCAAGAACCAGGAGCUGGGAGCCGUGUCCCUGGACGGCUACUUCCACCUGUGGAAAGCCCGGAGCACUCUGUACAGGCUGCUGUCCAUCAGGCUCCCCUACUGCCGUGACAACGUGUGCCUGACUUACUGCGAAGAGUUGUCCCUGUACGCGGUUGGCUCUCAGUCCCAUGUCUCCUUCCUAGAUCCGCGCCAGGGUCACCAAAACAUCAGACCCCUGUGCUCCCGAGACGGCGGCAUGGGCGUGCGCUCGCUGAGUUUCUACCAAUACAUCAUCACCGUGGGCACGGGCCAUGGCUCCCUGCUCUUUUAUGACAUCCGUGCCCAGAAGUUCCUGGAGGAGAGGGCGUCGGGCAGCCCAGACUCCUGUCCUGGGCCCUCAGGAAGGAAGCUCAAGCUCACCUGUGGCAGAGGCUGGCUCAACCACGAUGACCUGUGGGUGAACUACUUUGGUCGUAUAGAUGAUUUCCCCAACGCGCUCUACACCCACUGCUACAACUGGCCUGAGAUGAAGCUUUUCGUGGCUGGAGGGCCUCUCCCUUCAGGCCUCCACGGGAACUAUGCAGGCCUCUGGAGCUAAGGAUGGCCAAUGUGUUCUCAAAGUGCCCAGAUUUACUUUCCAGUCCCCUCUCACUUUCUUCUUCACGCUGUGUUUUGUGCUUUUUAACUCAGUGUGGCAUUUGUCUUCCAGGUUGAAAGUGCCCAAUUUGCCUGUCCUUAGUGUAUGAGAGAGAGGGAGGUGUCCUUCAGGCAAUCAAAACUUGGCUUUAAUACCCUUUUACACCUUUGCAAACCAUCUUUUUGAAUUCACAUUACAAAGAGUUUUGGCUAACUCUUAGUUGUCUUUUUUGAGUUACAUAUUCUCCUUUUUUUUUUUAAUGUUUAUUUAUUUUUGACAGAGAGAGAGAGACAGAGCAUGAGCGGGGGAGGGGCAGAGAGAGAGAGGUAGACACAGAAUGUGAAGCAGGCUCCAGGCUCUGAGCUGUCAGCACAGAGCCGGAUGCUGGGCUCCAACUCACAGUCCGUGAGAUCAUGACAUGAGCCGAAGUCUGACGCUCAACCGACUGAGCCACCCAGGUGCCCCAACAUAUUCUCUCUUUUUAAUGCUAUGCAGUCAUGGUUUUAGAGUUCUGUGUAUUUUCCUUUUCUUUGUUUUCCAUUGUCAGUAUUGCAAUUAUACUGUGUUUAGUUAUUUUUCGUUGCAGAUAGAUGGUAUAUUAAGAACAUGCUUAAAAACAGGGUUUCUAAUCUGUUCUGGAAAGUUAGCCAUCGUUUUAUAAAGCAUUGUUGCAAUUGGAAAAUAUAUUCCAAAUUCUACAUUAUCAACUUUGCAAACAUUCCAUUUGCAAAUUGUAAUCGUAGGUGUUUAUAGUUUCUAAGUUGUUGUUGCUAAACAUACUUUUUAAAAAGUUUUUCUCCUUAAAAAAAAAAGUUGUCAUAGAAUCUUGUCUUCGUACCAAAAUCUCAGUUUGUCAUAACACUUUAAGAAUGCAAGGGUUUUAUUCGUUGAAUGUUCAGAAUUACUCUGAAAACCCAAUUGAUCUUUUUCUCCUUCAAUCCUUAUUUAAUUUUUAAUGACCUGUUGUAAAAUAAACAAAUGUGUAUUUUUUCACUUCUUGCCUUAGUACUAUCAAAAUUUGUGAAUUUAUUUGAAUGCUUGUUGUUUAAAGAACUUGCACAGAGUUGAAGUGCCACCAUUCAACGCAGGGAUUCUAAGUAUAAAAAUGUAGAAUGUAUGGCAGGUUGGGGAGAGUGUAUACCAAUCCAAGAUAUAGACUGGAUAUUUUUGCUGUUGCUGUUUUUAAUACCAAAUAUUAUAUUUCAUUAUAUUUUAAAUUUUCUAAUUCUGAAUAGUUAACACAAGAAAAACUGUAAAGGACAAAAAAAUGAUCCCAGUCCCUACUCCUUCUGAAAAAGAUGCUUAAGUUUAAAGUCCAAAUUAGUAAGAUUUUAUUUUGUGAAUUUCAAAGAUUCUUACCUAAAGUAGAAGAAAUAUAUUAAAAAGUAGUGAUGUUAUAGCCCUCAAUGUAAUAAUAUACUGUUACCAAGGACACAGGAAGUUUGUUUCAAGAAGAUGGUCUGGAGAUUAAAAUAAAUGGGAUUUGGUUGAAGAAAAUUCCUUUGGGAUCAGAUAUAAAUGAUAUUAUGUUAAGAAAAAUAGUUUGUAUUUUUCCAUAUAUGAGAAUAUUGGAAGUGAAAAGGAAGAUUGGCCCUUCCUCAAAACUGGCCAGGUUGUGCUGACCUUGGGUUAGUUUUGUGGCAUGUCUGUUUUUUCUUAAAUGUUUUGGCACUCAGAUGCUGCCUUGGUGUCUGUUCACUACAUGCUGUUCAGUUGCAAAUAUGAACCAAGUAAUACAGUGAAUGGUACUAAAAAUGAAUUAAGAAAUACGGAAAAAAUAAGAUUUUGUUUACAUAGAUUGUCUUAACAGGUUUAUAUAGUUGUUAUAUAGCAAUAAAUUGUAUUUGUGUGCAUGUAUGUGUCUCCAACUCAGUCGUAACUGUUUUGAGAGCAGAGAAUAUAAUUGUCAUCUUUAUAUUCUCUCAUUUCUCUGGUAAUGCCUAACAAAUCAUAGGCAAUCAGUAAAUAUUUACUGAAUGAAUGUAUUUCCCUCUGGAGACCUAAUGUUCAAGACUGUGAAAAAUAAAUAAAUGCAUAAACACAUAAAAAAAGUU